ACGUCAUUGUGACUUUUAUUAAAACAGGUGCUUUGAUGGCGCUCUCAAAAUUUUGACAAAAUUUUUGUGUUUGUGUAUGCUUACAGAAUAAUGGCAGCAAGUCCUAAGGAUACACGCAGUACAUCUAAAAAGAAAGGACCCUGCCCUUGGCUAUGUGAAUUGGUCCCUGCGAAUCUUCCACCGCCUGGACGCGCCCAAACUGUCUUACACCCUCGAAAGGACGUCUUUGUUCUGAAGGUAGCUAAAGUUGGGCCAACCGGAGAUCGGCGUUGUAAAAUGGAACUUGAAUUAGUGACGCCGAAGGGACCCGAAAAGAGACCCCCAUGUCGUAUAGACACCAGAGAAACUCAAUGCGAACCAGAUCCACCACCAUGUACAUGUUGUAUGAGGUCGAGGUCGAAGAAGAGAGGAAGAUGAAGAAGACACCUCGAAAAUAAAAAAAAACUUCUCUUUGCAAAAUUAUGAUAGUAACUACAUCAAUAGUAUAACAAAUAACCGUUCGUGACAUGUUUUCUAGCAGUUUAUUUGAAAUAAACCCCAUUAAACACAAA